AUGAUAUUAUACCUCAGCUCUGAGGACGCUGCUGACGCCGCCUGGGCCGCCCAGUUCGACUACGAGGACCUCACAGGCCAUGUUGCAGUCUCCACUCCGAAGAUCGAGGUUAUUCGCUCCCGUGCCGACGAGGAGCUGCGCCAGGAGACUCUUCUAAGGGAAACAAGCCUUCAGCAGGCCAGAGUCGUGAAAGAGCAUCCAUCUACUUACUCACGUCCCACAACUGCUUGA